UUGAUUUUGCGCUCCCACUUAAUUAUGCCGGCAGCACCGAAGGUGGCCUACGUCGUUUACGACGAUGGCUACCGCGCUAUAGUGAGCGUGAAGCUCAUUAAGGACUUCAAGCCGGCGAGUGUGGCUGACUGCCAAAAACACAAAGAAAUAUAUUGGAAGACCAAUGAAGCAGGGCACGUCGACGAAGGGUAUUAUCGAGGAGACGUCGUCCUCCUUGGUGCCACCUUCAGUGACCUCAUUCAGAAGAUGGGCAAGAAACGGCUGUCGGUUCCUGACACUGUCUUUUAUAACGUAGAAAGUGAAGAAGAGACAACUGAAAAGAAACAUUGGCCAGCCGUUCCUGUUGCGGCCACCAAUGCAGCACAUCUACUAACCAUGGCGCCUACGAACAUGAGGCCACCCACAGGAGCAUUCAAGAGAAGUAGAUUUUUUUUGCAUUUUCAGGCAAGGCCGUUGCAGUUCAUGCAGCCAUCGCCAUCUUCGCCACCACCACCAUCGCCACCACUACCGUCGCCACCACCACUAUGGCCGUGCUCGCCAUUAUCUCCACAAGGGUGGUCAGCAACGCUGCCUUUGCCACCGCCGCAGCACUUACUGCUACCAGAGCCUCCGUCGCCUUCUUCAGAGCAGCCACGGAUGCAGCCAUGCCCAUUGAUGCCACCGGUACCACACCCUGGAACCACUUCAAGUGGUUUUCAAGAACCUACCAGCCAGGGUUUGGGUGCCAGUGAUGAACUGCCGCUGUUUUCCCAGGUGGACAAUCAAAUUCACCUAGGAAACGGCAUAUUGCUGGAGCAGGAAAAAUGGGCAUGGCUGCUUUUGCGUCCGAGAGACAGCUCGUUUUGUAAGGAGGCGACCAAGCUUCUGUGGGGUGUGAGUGCCCUCCACAACAGGAGCAUCACAGGAGCCCCUUGUCGGCGCUACGUGCGCUCGGAAAAGCAGGCACCACCCAGGAGGGCACUCACACCUAAGAAAUUGGAGGCAGUCGGAAAUGCCUUCAGCAAGUACAUUGCUGGGAGACCAAGCGAAGUGGCACCAAUUGAGAGGCUAAGAAAAAUGAACAGAUUCAUUGCUGAAAUGUUGAACGACCUAAAUAAAUGAGUCGUCAAAACAUUACUCUA